CCAUCACAGGCUCACCUGACCAAACAGGGGUGUGGCAACACAGGAGCACUAUAAAUGAAGGCAUGCCAGGAAUUUAGUUCAUAGCAUAGGCAAACCUUAUCCAUUGACUGCUGCUGCUCUCACAAAUCAGACCUACCCGGCUGGCUCACCAUGUGCAUCUCCCACACGAUUCUCCCACUCGUCACCUGCACGCUGCUGCUCCUCGCCUCCACCUCAGGGGAAGGCCAGCUUCACAAGGCCCACGAAAACACACCUGAUAUGGAGAGCAUGGACAGCCAGGCAGUUCUGCUUCUGGAGGCUGUGAAGACAGGGAUCCUCAGCUCUUUGGGUAUGGACGUGGAGCCCAGACUGACCCAAAAGGCCUCGAAAAAGGAGCUUAGGGAGAUGUAUCAGCUCUACAGGAGAAAAAUAAGGGAGAUAAGAGGAAAUUCCAGCCAGCCAAUGGGGGAAAACUCGCAAUCCACCAUGUCCACUGUGCUCUUUCCAGUUUCACCAGUUAUAGCGCUUCGGAGGGGUUCACGGUCAGGUCCAAGCAUGCGGUGGUACAGAGCUGUUUUCCAAAAGAAUACGAAUAUUCAGAAUGACUUGACUGUAGCUCGAGCAGAGCUGAAGAUUUCCAGACAGGUUCUGGGUAAACUCACUUCAGUGAGGCCUGAAGCAAGGGAGGAGAUUAAAAUUAAAGUCAAUGGGGGAAAGCCAGCAGUGUGGCCGGCUGCCUGGACUGACUCUGUAGCCCAAACUAAUAUCUCAAACAUUCAAGAUGCGUACCUGGACAUCAUCCCAGAGGUAGAGAAGUGGUUCAAGACUAAUGGGAAGCCACUGGUUGUGGAUGUAGGGGUGGCUAACAGAGGGGCCCUCAAGCCGAUCUUUUCUCUGGAAUUAGACCUCACACAAGCCAACCCCGCGCAGAGGACGAGGCAGCGUCGCUCCAACAAGGAAGAUGACUGUGCUGAACCAGGAUGGUGCUGCCGGAAGUCAGUCACCGUGUCCUUCGAAGACAUCGGCUGGACAGACUGGGUUGUAGCCCCAGUCGAAUACACCAUGCAUUUUUGCGACGGCACCUGCCCCCACAACUACAAGCCGGCAAGCAUGCACACUCAGGUCAAGUCUCGGCUGCACCAGAUCACCAAAGGAGGGACACCUCAUCCCUGUUGCGUGCCGGCAGCCUACGAGCCCAUGGUCCUCAUGCACUACGACAGCAGGGGAAAAUUGACACUGACUACUUUCACUGACUUUAUUGUCAGUAAAUGUUACUGUGCCUGAGGAGAAAAUGCAACCCCCCACUUCUUCAAAAUUUAAAGAAGUGUAUUUUCUGGAGUGUGUUGUCUUUUUUUUUUUUAAGCGUUACAUACAC